GGGAGAUGCUCUCAGCUAAGAGGUUUGCCUCUCUACGUGUUUUCGCUUAACCUAGUUUCAGAGAAACUCGUAGGACAGUAGCAUCAUGCCCAGCGUGAUUCAAAACAAAAGAUCAAAGAAGGAUUUGUGCUUGAGCAUUGGCUUAUUGGAAGACGCGUCGGCAAACCAGGACUCGGCCGUCCAUAGCACCAGCGACUAUCAAAACCGUCGUCAUCGCCGAUUCCUUGUCAUAUUCGUUACAACCAUGGGUUUGGUAGGAGUCGCUGUCGCCAUUGUAUUGGCGAGCGUUUACGGAAAUGUUGCUUUCACCGAGGCGAAACCUUCUGCCAGACAGCAAGAAGGUUUUACGCUGGACGAAGUUUUGAGUGGAAAAUUUUAUGCUGAAUCGUUCAACGGAACAUGGAUUUCAGAUCACGAAUUUGGCUACAGAACUGCACAGUACGGCAUCAACAUUUAUGACGUCAAAACUUCAACGGCGACGGUGAUGGUGAAACCAGAAAUUGUGGCGCAAUUGGGGGCAGUUACCUACAAGUUUUCGUAUGAUCGAAAAUACGUGCUCUACGGUUUCGACAUUAAAUCGUCUUACCGGUAUUCGAGUUUGGCUCGCUAUUCCAUCAUCGACUUGGAAAGGGAAAUUGUUUAUCCGCUAAGACCUCGUCCAGACGAACCUCAGCCGCAAAUGCGUUACGCCACAUGGAACAAGAAAGAAAAUAAUAUAAUUUAUGUGUACGCCAAUGAUAUCUAUUUCCGGCAGACUCCAGACUCUACAGUACCUGAUGUUCGCCUCACCACUGACGGCGAACACGAGGCCGUGUUCAAUGGCGUCCCUGAUUGGGUUUAUGAAGAGGAGGUACUGAGUCAAGACAACGCUAUUUGGAUUGCCAACAGCGGAGCUCGCAUGGUAUUCGCCUCUUUUGAUGAUCGUCAAGUCGACCACAUGGAGUUCUCAGUUUAUGGAGAGGCUGGUUCAAUUAAAGACCAGUAUCCAGUUACCAAUGCCAUCCGCUAUCCUAAGCCCGGUCGUCCUAAUCCAACAGUGGCCAUAUGGAGCGUCGAUCUGCAUAAGGAUGGAUCAGUCCAUAGCGGACCGCAUUUCAGCAAGGGUCUCAUUCCAAUUCCCGAAGAGUUCAGACAAAAGGAUCAUUAUUUUACCACUGUUGCUUGGGCCACAGACGAUGAGGUGAUGAUUGCCUGGUUAAAUCGUCAUCAAAACGUCUCUCUUCUUUCCUUUUGCAACAUCACAGCAGGAAUUUGCCAAACGGUAAGCCUCAACAAAAACAAUAUUUAAAUUUUCUAUCAAACACUUUUGCUUUAAUAGGAGUACGAGAUUAGCGAGCCUAAAGGAUGGGUUGAUCAAUACUCACCACCGAAAUUUUCAGCCGAUGGCCGCAAUUUCCUCAUUAUACUACCAGUUGAUCAGAUGAAUGAUGUGGGUAAUUUCAAACACUUGGUCCUUUAUGACCGUGACACGAAGCAAUCACGCGCCCUUUCCAGUGGACGGUGGGAAGUUACGGAGAUCCUUGGCUGGGAUGAACCAAACCAUACGGCGUACUUCAUAGGCACAGCAACAGACAAGCCAGCAGUCCGCCAUAUGUACAAAGUGAGCACUGGCGCAGUGGGCGACGUUGUAUGCGUCACUUGUGGCACUUUUAAUGCUGAUUUGAAGGAAUGCACGUACAAUACGAUCGAAUUCAGUACCGAAAUGGGUUAUUACGUCCACGGUUGUGAUGGUCCUAAUGCUCCUAGGUCUGUCAUCAAAGAGGCAGCUACGGACAGGGAAGUUUUUCUUGUGUCAAACAACGAUGUUCUACGUGAUAGACUCGCGCAGAAAUCUCUUCCAAGACCAUUGACUAUGCAAGUGCCGCUGGACGGUAAUUACUUUGCCCAAGUCAAGCUGUUGCUGCCACCAUCUCUUAAUAGGAACAGAGCUUCCCAAUAUCCUAUGCUAGUUUAUGUGUAUGGGGGUCCGAAUUCGCAACAAGUCUCAGAUCGUUACCGUGUUGAUUGGGGCUAUCAUCUGUCCACCUCUAGAGGAGUCAUUUAUGCUUUGAUUGAUGGUAGAGGAUCUGGUUACCAAGGAGAUAAAAUGCUUCACGAAAUUUAUCGGCGUAUGGGCACUGUUGAAAUUCAAGAUCAAAUUAAAGUGACAAAGUUCUUGAAGGAAAAUUUACCAUUUGUGGAUGGAAAUCGUACUGCCAUUUGGGGUUGGAGUUAUGGUGGUUAUGCCACAGCUUCUGCAUUAGUUCAAGAUAAAGAAAAUGUUUUCAAGUGUGGCAUGUCAGUUGCACCAGUCACCAACUGGAUCUACUAUGAUUCUAUCUAUACCGAAAGAUACAUGGGUCUUCCAACUGCAGAGGACAACUUAAAAUCUUAUCAAGAUGGUGAUGUAUGCAAAUACCCAGAAAACUUUAGAGGAAAGCAGUUUUAUCUGAUACAUGGAACAGCAGAUGAUAACGUUCAUUACCAACAGUCCCUGAUGUUGGCAAAAUCCCUAGAAGGUGCUGAUGUUCUUUUUAGACAACAGAGCUAUACAGAUGAAAACCACAGUAUUAACACCUUUAAGAAGCACCUUUACCAUUCAUUAGGAACAUUCCUUAUGACUGACUGUUUUGAGAUUGAGAACGAAGUAUGGGGUUAAAAUAUUUUUCUUUUAUCUUUGAACCCGCGAGCAAUGAUGUCAUUUAUUGCCGGGUAUAACUACUCUUAUUUUGUUUGUACAAUCAGCAUAAUACACAAAAACUUUUGAGUUUUUCACAUGA